AUGGGUAAGAAACGCCGAUUGCCAGUUGUAGAAGUUGGCGAAGGACCCUCGAGUUCACGACAGAGAGGGGAGGAGCUGCAAGCCGCCCAUACUAGUGAUGCUGGGUCACAACCCACAGGAAAGGAGAGGGACCAUCCAUUGACAAUUGUGCAAGUUGGCCAAGGUUCAUCACGCUCACGAGACAUCAUGCAGGAGGAGUUAAGGGCCGCCUAUGAUGCUGAGCACGCAAGAUGGGAGGAAGGAGAUGAUUAUGAUGAUGAUGAGACACAGCCGCCUUCUGCAGGCGAUUUGGUCCAACAAACCGCACCAUCCAAUGAUGGGCGUGCAGAAGAUUCAGUUCGGGAAUCCCCAAUAUCUAAUAAUAUAAAUAAAAAACGUGGAAUAACGCUAAUGCAGCGUAUAUGGGCUCUUCCACCGAACAAGAAACUUGUAUGUGGGUUAAAUGGGAGCAAGCAACCGGUUGGGGAAAGCGGGCAAACAUUCAAAAGGUGGUUGGGCACCUUAUGCAUCUGCCGCAACUAUUGCCCACUUAUGCCUGCUACUUGGACGCAUGUCGACCGUAAAUGCAAAGAAAACGCUUGGGUAGAGAUAGAGAAAAAAUGGAUCAUUGACCCAGAGAUUAUUAGCCCAGCUAAUCAAAUGAACUGGGCAAUGCACUUGUUAGGAGAGUUGAGAAGAAACCGAAGAAGUAAGUUAAAAAAAAAAUGCUACCCAAAAGAUGCGUUAAAAGAAGAUGUUUAUCAAAGUAAACCAUCUUGGGCUGACGAGCAGGACUACCGCGCACUAGUUGACUAUUGGUUUGAUGCUAAAACGAAGGACUUAGUGGAAACGAACAAGAGAAGCCGUUCGUUUCAGACGGAUAUAGCGAGGACAGGGCCUAUAAGUUUUGCACAAACUGCUGACAAUAUGGCAAAAGAAAACGGCCAAGCAGUGGAGCGUGCAGAUGUUUUCAUAAAAGCAUACUGCACGAAAGAUGGGACUCCUAUUAGUAAUGUAGUGCGAGACAAGAUUGAUAAAAUGAAAGACAUUUUAAACAACGGGGGCAAGCUAGUAGGAGACCAUCGCGAUGGAAUUCUCUGGGCAAAAGAUGAUGCGUUCGCUCAAGUGAUGGGCAAAGAACGUUCUGGACGUGUCCGUGGGGUCGGGUUUGGACCAACCCCAUCAGGAAGAAGUGGGUCCAACCUUCCAUGUGUGCCUGGGCCGUCGUCCACUGAAACGGUCCAACGAAUGACUGCAUUGGAAAAUUCGAUGAGGGACCAACUUGCUGACGCAGAGCAAAGGCAUCAGCAGCAACUAGCCGAAGCACUGGCCGAAGCAAAGCAGGAGUCAGAUGCACGGCAUGAGCAGCAACUAGCCGAAGCACUGGCCGAAGCAAAGCGGGAGUCAGAUGCACGGCAUGAGCAGCAAAUGGCCGAAGCAAUGCGCGAAUCAGAAACACGGCAUCAGCAGCAGCUGGACGAAACAAAGCGGGAAAUGGCCGAUACAAAGCAGAGAAUGGAUGAAAUAGUAGCCUUCUUCCAAAAGAACAUGCCCAGUUUAAGUGGAUAUUCAGAUAACCUCAUUGAUAUCAUCAUUAGUUGCAUAUCUUCUGUUUCGACGUCUCUUCUCUUUAAUGGAGGGAGCCUUAAACCCGUCAAGCCUUUGAGAGGAAUAAGGCAAGGUGAUCCGUUUAUCCUUUGUAUGGAAUAUUUGAGCCAGCUCAUCCAAGAGAAAUGCGAGGCCAAAGUGUGGUGUCUGGUCAAGGCGUCUAAGAGUGGCCCUUCAUUCUCUCAUCUCUAUUUUGCUGAUGAUCUUGUGCUCUUUGCCAAGGCUAAUGCAGUUAAUUGUAAUGCCAUCAGAGAGGUGAUUGACACCUUUUGUAAAUGCUCUGGGCAAACUGAUGAUAGGGAGGCUUUCAGUGAUAUUCUCGGCUUCCAUCAAACGGAGUACUUGGGGAAAUACUUAGGCUUCCCUAUCAAACACCAAGGGAAUAACAACCAGGACUUUGGUUUUGUUCUAGAUAGAGUAAAGAGUAAGCUUGUGGGGUGGAAAGCAAAUCUCCUAUCCUUGGCUGGGAGAGUAGUUUUGAUUCAGGCUUCAUCUUCAGUUGUUCCAGCAUAUAUAAUGCAAAGUAAUCUACUGCCUAGCAAGGUGUUAGAGGAUAUUGAGUGGGUUAAUAGAAAUUUCUUGUGGGGUUCGACUGAGAGCAAAGGAAAAAUGCACUGGGUGGGCUGGAAGAAGGUCACUAGACCUAAAGAUGAAGGGGGUUUGGGGCUUCAAACAGCUAAAGGAAGAAAUACAACGCUUUUAGCAAAGCUAAACUGA